UUAAAGGUUAGACAAGAUUCUCUUAUUCUCACCAGAGUCUCUCUCUCUGUCUGUCUGCACGCUGUGAUUGAAUCUUAAAGAUCUCAGAUCUCAGAUUUUUUUAGGUCAUCAUCUUCUCCAUUCACACCAUUCUCAAAACUGACUCGCUGAAGAAAGAUGUCAUCAGCUUUAGCACGUCUCCACUUGUCGACAAAACAGAGCAACCUCCCAUCACCUAGAGCCAUCAACCUCUCUCGUGAUCCAAGAACCAUCGUCUCGUUUCCACGUAACGCAUCUCUUUCUCCCCUCCGCACAUCUCCAAACCUCGUGGCUUCAUCCACCGGAGGAGGAAACGGUGGAAACUACGGUGGAGGAAACGGUGGUGAUAAUAACAACAACGGAGAUUCAGGCAGCGAAGGAGGAGGAAAACAAGAACCAACUCCAUGGGGACCAAUAGGAAUGUUCAUACAAGGAUGGCGCUCACGUGUCGCAGCUGAUCCACAGUUCCCUUUCAAAGUCCUCAUGGAAGAACUCGUCGGCGUUACAGCCAACGUCCUCGGUGACAUGGCGUCACGACCAAACUUCGGCCUCAACGAGCUAGACUUCGUCUUCUCAACUCUCGUCGUAGGUUCCAUCCUCAACUUCACUCUCAUGUACCUCUUAGCACCUUCUGCAGCUUCCGCAACCUCCUCGAACCUCUUGCCUGGAAUCUUUAAAGCCUGUCCCGCCAGUCACAUGUUCGAACAGGGUAGCUUCACGGUUUUAAACCGUUUCGGGACUCUUGUCUACAAGGGGAUGGUUUUCGCGACGGUGGGGUUAGCUGCAGGGCUUGUGGGGACGGCUAUCUCUAAUGGGUUGAUUAUGUUGAGGAAGAAGAUGGAUCCGGGGUUCGAACCGCCUAAUAAAGCUCCACCUACAGUGUUGAAUUCGUUGACUUGGGCGGCUCAUAUGGGAGUGAGUGCUAAUGUGAGGUACCAGACUUUGAAUGGUGCUGAGUUUUUGAUGGAGAGAGGGUUGCCUCCUUUGGUGUUUAAGACGGGUGUGGUGGCUUUGAGGGUUGUUAACAAUCUUUUGGGUGGGAUGUCUUUUGUUUUGUUGGCGAGGUUGACUGGUUCACAGUCUGUUGGGGAGGAGGAGAAGAAGGAGGUUUCGGUUCAGGAGAAAGAUGAUUGA